AGGCAGCGCAGAUACGUUUGUGGCUCCGCCGAGGUUUCAGUUAGAGUUUGAAUUUGAAUUUGAAUUGAAAUUUACACUUGAGUGUCCGUGUUCCGUCGGUUGAGAGUGAAACAUAAGCUAGUAACAUGCAACUCCUGCUUGUGGUGGCCACUUUGGCCCUUUGCGGCCUUGUCAGCGGACAGCAGGGCGUGGACCCCGCCUACUUGAGGCAGUACUACCAACAACUGCAGCACCAGCAGCAACAGCAAGCCCAGCCCCAAGAGGGCACGCCCAUUUACGAGCAGAAUUCGGAGCAGACGCAGCAGUAUGUGAACUCUGGCCAGCAAAUCAGGAUCAAGGAUACGGUGGCCGAGCAAAUUCGUGCCCAGCAGCAGCAGGGAUAUGUGGCACCGGCUGUGCGGGACUAUCAGCAAUACCAGGCGCAGCCGCAGCAGUCUGCCUACCGUCCAGCACCUCAGGCUGCCCCUCAGCCACCGCGCAGGGUUCAACAGCAAUCCUACCCAGCACCAUCCACUUCGAUCCUCGGCAAAGGACAGCAAAAGCUGUCGCUGCAGCAGCAACAAGAGGAGGAGGAAUACGAUGAUCAAAACUCCUCGUACCAGUUUGGAUUCGAUGUGAAAGACGACGAGUUCACCAACUACCAGAAUCGCAAGGAGAUCCGCGAUGGUUCGGUGAUUAAGGGCAGCUACUCGGUGGUGGACUCCGAUGGUUUUAUCCGCACCGUCAAGUACACCGCCGAUCCCAAGGAGGGCUUCAAGGCCGAGGUCAUCCGCGAGCCCACCGACAUCGUGGUGAAGAUCCCCACUCCCCCGCCACCGACGCAGUUGCUCCGCGCUGGAGGCCACAAGGCCCAGCAGGAGUACAGCUCCGGACCCAGCAAGCAGCAGUAUCAGCACCAGCAACAUCAGCAGCACCAGCAGCAGCCGCAGUACCACCAGUACCAGUAGGCAGUUGGAGUCGGAGUCGGAGUCGGAGUCGAUCGGACCAGAUCGGAGACUCUUUUCGAAAAGCUCUUGAAAGUUCCGCAAGUCCAUGUAGUUUGUAAAUAUGCCGAGACUCGAUUGGCACGAGAUUAUAACAUUAUUCUAUUUUAUGUCAUUCAUUUAGGUUCGACUUUCUUGUUUAGAAUAUUAAAUUAAAAAUUUCGAAAUACA